CCAGCGCAACCUCCCUCCGUCUCCGAGGAGAACGAAGAAGAACUUCUUCGUGACUCCUCGGAGAGUGAGGGGGAAUGCGCGCAGGGGCUAGGGAAGUUGGCCAUCGACAAGGAGGAGGAGGAGCCGAUGUCGGCGGAGGAGGGUGAUCCUUGUGAAGGAACUCCCUUCGCCCAUUGGUAAAUUCCUCCAAGCCAACCUCCACCACAGCGAAACGGCGACGGCGCAGAUCCGGAAGUGGUUGGAGGACAACACAACAGCCGUAAUUCUGAUCCAGGAGCCGUGGGUCAGAAGGGGCUCUGUCUGCGGACUCCGCAACUUAGGAGGUAAGCUAACAGUCUACUCGGGCCCGGACAACCCCCGGGCUUGCAUCUACACAACCAAUAACAUACAUGCGCAACCUCUAACGAGCUUCUGUUCCAGAGACCUGUGCGCUAUAAAACUGCACGGGGCGCAAGACUCCAGCCUGCAGGAGGUGGUAGUAGCCUCUGUGUAUAUGCCGGAGGCUGAAGAACCACCACCGCACGACAUGGCAAGGCUGGUCAACUACUGUGAAGAGGCAGGGCUCGAGCUCAUCGUGGCCACCGACUCGAACGCGCAUCACCCCCUAUGGGGGAUGGAAGCAGGUAACGAGAGAGAUAGCCCCCUCUGCAGAGCGUGCAUGGAGGAGGAGGAGACAGCCGCCCACGUCAUUCUUGAAUGCCCAGGGGUGGCAGAAUACCGGGCACAAUACCUCGGUUCCCCGGGGUCUCUCCCAGAAGUCGUCGGCAACAUCAAGGGUCUGCUGGGCUUCCUGGUAGAGUUGGGUUGGCAGGAGUAGUGCCGUCAACCCACCAUCACGCAAAAUAGGCGCGAAUUGCGACGUCGAGUUGCGGAAACCCAGCCCGCGAAUACGAAUAACGAAUAACGAAAAUACCUG